AUGAGAACGUUCGUCAUUGGAAUAUUAGCAUUGGCGUCGACCGCUUUGGCCCAGAUUGAAACGAUCACUUUACCUAACGGUAACACAGUCGUCAUUUCAGUCGGCACCAACGCACUGGGUGAUGAGUUCACAACUACUUUAAACUCCGCUCUCGUCGUAGGUGGUGCAGCCGCGGAAACAAACACCAAGACGAACACGAAGACGACAACGACGGUGAAUAACGCAGUAGAGGGCGGUGCCCCCACCACCACCACUGGUCCCCGAGUUGUCGGCGUCGAGACUACAGCACCACCAAUGAGGACGACAACUUACUGGUACGACCCUGGUGAUGGUGUAUGGAUCUCUCAGAUCUGGACUGCAUCGAUUACAGCGGCCCCCACCGUAGCCACCGCCAUCGUUCCCGCAGGAACUAUCCAAAACUACAACUCGUAUCAGACUCAGAUCAACUCAGUUGUCUUGAAAUCAGCAGAAGCUGCCGAGGCUGCUUCAUCAGGCCAGGUCUCUGGGAAUAUUGGCGCAGCUAGACGCGGAGUCCAGGAGCAAGCAGCAGGACUGGUCGCCGCAGUCGUUGGCUUCGUCGGAUUGGGCGUCGGCCUCGUCGGUCUGUGA